CUCCUCUGAAUAUUGCUGUUGUUAUUAAACAAGUGGAUGUAUAACCGUGUGGGGAUGUGUUAAAACAGAAUUUGUUAUUUUUGAUUUGUGAUUGUUGAAAAUCAGUUGCUUUUUAUCCGAUUUUGCAGCGUUAAACAAAAGAAAUUUAAAAUUAUAUUAACAUACAGUUUUUAUAUAAAAACAAACAAUUAUUAUGCACCAAUUUUGAAGAAUGACUUGAAUUCCUGUGUUUAUUAAAAGCAGUGAGAAAGAAAGUGCUAAAAAUUUAAGAAAAAUUUAAUUUUUUAAAUCGAAAUGUGCGGCUAAUUGAAAUGGCAUCCGCUACUGGACUGGAAAUAUCUAGACGCAAUCCUCAAGAUGAAUAUGACCUUAUCCAGCGUAUUGGUAGUGGUACCUAUGGAGAUGUUUACAAAGCCAGAAGAAUUAGCACCGGAGAACUAUCAGCUGUGAAAAUUAUAAAAUUAGAGCCUGGCGAUGACUUUGCUAUUAUUCAGCAAGAAAUUCUUAUGAUGAAAGGCUGUCGGCAUCCAAAUAUUGUUGCAUAUUUUGGAAGCUAUUUACGGCGUGACAAACUUUGGAUUUGUAUGGAAUAUUGUGGUGGAGGAUCCUUGCAAGAUAUUUACCACUUGACAGGUCCUUUAGCUGAACUUCAAAUUGCAUAUGUCUGUCGAGAAACUCUGAAAGGUCUUGCAUAUCUACAUUCAAUGGGGAAAAUGCAUAGAGAUAUUAAAGGAGCUAAUAUUUUGCUUACAGAAAAUGGAGAUGUAAAACUUGCUGAUUUUGGUGUAUCUGCGCAAAUCACAGCAACUAUUAGUAAACGGAAAUCAUUCAUUGGAACACCUUAUUGGAUGGCUCCUGAGGUGGCUGCAGUAGAAAGAAAAGGCGGCUAUAAUCAACAGUGUGAUAUAUGGGCUGUAGGAGUAACAGCUAUUGAACUGGCUGAACUGCAACCACCCAUGUUUGAUUUACAUCCUAUGCGAGCUUUAUUUUUAAUGUCCAAGUCUGGUUUUAAACCACCUACACUUAAAGAUAGAAACAAAUGGACUCCAGUAUUUCAUCAUUUUGUCAAAGUAGCUUUAACCAAAAAUCCAAAGAAACGACCAACUGCUGAAAGAUUGUUGCAGCAUCCUUUUGUCCAAGGAGAUCUUGGAAAACAUUUAGCUCGGGAACUUCUUGAAAAAUUUAGUAAUCCUCAACAUAAUUUCACAGAUUUAGAACCUGAUGAUGAGGGGGUUUUGAUGAAUGUUCCACAGAGAAUUCCAUCAAAGCAAUCGGGAAGGACCAGGCAAAAAACGCAGUCAGAACUUAAUUUUGAAAGUGUAAGCUUUGAUUUACCGUUGAUGUCAGAAUUGUCUACUUCAAAUGAAAAGGGUCAUACUGCCUAUGAUGUAUCUCAAGCCUGGGGUAUUUCGGAAGAACCUUCUGUGGAACCUGAAUAUGAUUUAGCAACUGCAUGGAUGGAACAAGAUUUAGAUUCAGAUGUUAUAUGCAAGAGUCUGUUGGAAGUUGUAGAUGAAGAACUUUUGCUAAGGGGACAUACCGAACGUUUAGCAGAUUUGGAUGAUGAUUACAAGUAUUGUCAGCAAGCUACUCUACCUGUGGGUAUUAAUAGUCAAGACUCAUCCAAAAAAAUGGAAUCAAAAGGAAGGGGGGCUUCAGAUAGAUUGUAUGACAAUCGAGAUAAGUGCCUACCAACAGAUGUUCCUAAUGGUAGGGACAUAGCUCAAAAUAGAUUGUCAUCAUUAAUGGAUGAAUUAUCUAAUCAGUUUUCUUCUGAUGUACAAGACCUUCACAACACUGUUGCUUCUACAUGUCAGAAUGGUUCAUUAACGCCAACUAAUAGUCCAAGGUUAAAUCAAAAAUCACAGAAUAAUAAUCGAAAUAGUCUGAGCGAAGAUGAUGACAAAGAAAAUAGCCAAAAGGAUAAACAGCCACCUCAGGCCCCUCCUCGUCGGCGAAAUCAGAAGAAAACAUCAUCCCCUAAACCUAUUAGUAAUGGACUUCCACCCACUCCUAAGGUUCAUAUGGGAGCAUGCUUUUCCAAAGUUUUCAACGAAUGCCCUUUGCGAAUUCACUGUACGGCAACUUGGGUCCAUCCAGAAACACGAGAUCAGCAUAUCUUGUUUGGUUGUGAAGAAGGAAUAUAUACUCUGAAUCUUAAUGAGUUACAUGAUGCCUGUAUGGAUCAGCUCUAUCCAAGGAGAACUAUAUGGAUGUUUGUAGUUAAAGAUGUUCUUAUGACGCUUUCUGGAAAAACGACUCAUCUUUAUCGUCAUGAUCUUUUAGCCUUACAUAGUAAACAAACACACAGGUUUUCUUUGUCCAUGAAUAAAAUACCUGAAAGAUUUGUGCCUAGACGCUUUUCAACUACGACUAAAGUCCCAGAUACGAAAGGUUGUAUAAAGUGUUGUGUCGGAAGAAACCCUUACAAUGGAUAUAAGUAUCUUUGUGGUGCUACAAUGAAUGGGCUUUUCCUAAUGCAGUGGUACAAUCCUUUGAAUAAAUUCAUGCUUUUAAAGCAAUUUGAAUGCUGGGUCCCAUCAAAAUUGUCAAUUUUCGAAAUGAUCAUUUCUCCAGAAAUGGAAUAUCCUAUGAUCUGUGUUGGCGUUCGAAAAGGGUAUGAUCGUGGAAAUUUAAAACUUGAUAUGAUAAAUCUUAAUUCUACAGCAAAUUGGUUUAGUGAGGAUAGUGAUGGUAGUGAAACCAUUGUUCCACGUCAUGAUUCAAUUGACGUAAUUAAAGUUUCCCAGCUAGAGAAGGACAUAAUUUUGGUGUGCUCUGAAAGUGUUGUGAAAGUUGUUAAUUUACAAGGAAAACUGAAAUCAAGUCGUCAACAACCAGCUGAAUUACAUUUUGAUUUUCCUGUUGAGUCAAUAGUUUGCUUGACUGAUAGUGUUUUAGCAUUCCACAAACAUGGAAUGCAGGGACGAAGCUUUAAGAACAACGAGGUGGUUCAAGAAAUAAACGACAGCAGUAGGAUAUUCCGUUUGCUUGGUGCAGAUAGUGUUGUGGUUUUGGAAAGUCGACCCACUCAUGAUUUAAAGAGUCCUUCAAAUCUUUAUAUUUUAACUGGUCAUGAAAAUAGCUUUUAAGGAAGAAUGCAUUCCUAAAUAUUUUUUCCUUUUUGUUGUGUGAUAUCUUAGUAAUGAAAUAUUGUAGGUACUGUACACUGAAGAGUCAUUUUCUGUAACUUCAGUUAUGUUUAUAAAUAUAUUUGACGCUUAAGCAAAUCAUUUUGGAGAAAAUAUCUGAUCAAAAGUGUACUUCCUGUUUUACUUAGAAUGUUGGAAGUUUAUCUUCGCAUAUUUUUUAGCUUUACAGCUGUUCCUGCAUGAAUAUUCCUGAAUGUUUUGCUUCAGUUUUAUAGUGCCUUUAAGCCCAUUAUGUACAUGUAUAAUAUUUUUUACCACAUGAGUUGAAAUUUAAAUAAUUUCUCAGUUUUCAUUUUAAAAGAUUUUAAUAUCUUAUAGCUUAACAUCUUUACAAUGAUGUUCAUGUGUUAAUUGGUAAUUACUGAAUGGUUUCUUUGAUUUUAUUAUUUAUCAAAAAUUUAAUAAUUAAUGCUCUUAUGCAUUUACUGGCAUCAGAAAUUUGCAUAUUGUCAUAUAAUAACGCAAUAUUCUUGAUACUAAACGAAUCAUAUUGUAACUUAGUCUUUCGCUGUUACAUUGCUUUUGUACUUUAGUUAUAGCAUGUUUUUUGUGACAACGUCUUAUAUCGUUUCAAACUAUGAACUGUGAUUAAUCGAGUUAUUUGUUUAUUUAUGUUGUUUAUUAGGACAAUGUCAUUUGUGUUUUCUUUUCAUUUGUGGUUUUGAUGUAUUCUCAGAUAGAUGUUCUUUCAUAUUACUGUGCUAGUCUUUAAAUGAGAAGCCAAUAAAGGACUUAAAUAUAUUUUGGAAUGUUAAUUUAAAGUUUUCAUUUUUGUAAGAUUAAGAAUGCAUUUGCUAACCAUACACUAAUUGCUAAAUAAAUUGUAGAUUGGCAUGUUGAUAAGAUUUUUUAUGAUAGACUUUUUUUAAUUAUUGCAGAUUCGUAGCAUUUUUUAUAUUUUUAUUAUCUAUGCAAUAAUUUUUAACCUCAGGUUUUUCUUUAUUUUUUUAACGUAAGUGUGUGUUUUAUAUAUUGUUUGAUGAAUACAUGUAUUUAUGGCAAACUAUUUAAAAUAAUACAUGGAGAAUUUAACCAAAAUUAUUUGUUUGGUACUUUUUUUUAAUCUUUGGAUGAACGGUUUCAAACAUAUUCAGUUUUUAAUUAUCUGCCUGUGUAAUACUGUUCAAAUCCUCAGAUGCAGUUUUUAUACAAUUUUAUAUUAUUAGAGUAACAGUGUGACUCCUGGUUAUCAGUGGUGUUAAUCUUUAUUUGUUGGUAGUGCCAAAGAGCUUCCGAAGGUAAGUUGGAAUAUGUAAGCAUGGGAAAAUUGUUAAUUGUUGUUGGUUUGGUGUUGAAUCUUGGGUACAUUGUUCUAAGAAUUUUUAUAGCUCAAGAUAAUUUGUAACUGUGUAUAUAUUUUUGUCUUUUAACAAAAGCUCUAUCUCUUAUGUAUAUUAAAUUAUGAAAUCCCCUUCCCUGCUGUGCAGUAUUAUCUCAUGAUAAAAAAAAAAAUCUGUUUAGUUAUCAUGUGCUUGAAAUUUUAGAAACUUCUGAAGUGAUACUGUCUCUUAAUAGCGACGUGGUGAGAAACUUUUACUUUCAAAUCGUAGAAACAGUUAACUAAUAAUGAAAAUCCAUUACUCUGUAUAUUUCUUGAUCUACAAGCGUGCUUUCAUUAUGUAUUUUUCAUUUAAAAGAUAUAUAGUUAAAAUGUUUGACAUAUGUUUUGAGCUUUAAGUGUUUACAGUAGAAUUGCACUAUGUGAAGCUGUAAAUGUAUUGUGAUGUACAUUGCAAAAAGAAAAAAAAAUGAAAGCAUUCAUAUAACAAUAGAAAAAAAUGUUUUCUAUAGUAAAUGAAGUAGGAUAGCUUCUCUUUAAAAAUUUCAGCAUAUUUUGUUAGAAUUAUUGCAAAUUAUUCAUCAGUGAAGAGAUGCCAUAUCAUAUGAAAAUACCUUCCUUUUAUGCUGUGUUUAUGAAAUACUCUCAAAGGAUUUGGAUAAAAUUUUAUUCCUUAUUUAAAAUAACUGUUAACCAUUAUAACUUUUUUUUUUUACUUUUAGUCCUUAAUAUGCAUGGUAUAUCAAAUUAUUUUGAUUUCAAAUAUAUUACCGUGAAAAUUUUAAUGUUUUGAAUUGUUAAAUUUAUCAACUUGAUGAUGAAGUGUUAGUUGGAAGCUAAAGAACUAUAAGUUAAAUUAUUUCUUUUUAAAAAGCAAUACUCUGUGAAUCUUGAAAUCCCCUUUCAUGUAGAUUGCAGUUUAGUGUCUGAGGAAGGCCUUGAGUAUAAAAAUGUAGUAUAUAUGUUAAUUGCAAAUAUAGGCAAAAAUUUAUUUCAUCACCUCAAGUUUUUCGUGUAUAUCCACUUUUCUUUGGCUCGAAUAAUUGUUUCUUUUAUUUUAGUUUCAUAAUAUUCAUCAAGAUAUUCAAUUGCAAAACUUACCUACUGAAAAAAAUUUUUAUUAUUAUUUGUAUUAUUCAAAAAUUCUAAGAUUUUACUCAUAAGCGAAAAUCUAUCUUUUGAUGAAGAGUAUUUCAUGUACUUAGCAGUACUGUAAGUAGAAUAAAUAUGCAUCUGUGUGAACUGCAGUUUUGAUACUUUUUUAAAUUAAUAGUUAUUAUUUAAUUUUGCUCUGAGUGAUACUAAUAGCUUUUAUGUUUACUUUAACUGUUAAUGAAAAACGCACUGUAUUGGCAAUGCUUGGAACCGGAAGUACUUUUCGUUCUUUCUUCACAUGGCAUCAUAUCAUUUUAUAUGUUAUGUUUAAUUUUUGCAUAAAUUAAUUAUUUAUGUAUUUUUCCCCUUUGUUCUGUGUAUUUGAAAAUAUACCAGUUGGCAGCUUGUUUCUUCAACUUACUAAUUGCAAGCAUUGCCUUUGUAUAAAACAAAACUCUUAUGUGUGAACUGUGAUGCAUAUGCUCUAAAACAUCAAUGUUUUGUAAGCUGAAAGUAUUUAUUAAAAGCUAUGUAAUUAUAUUGUAAAAAGUAAAAUAAAUUUUAUGAUCUUAAGCAUUCA